AUGACAGAAACACAAUUGUUCAAGGUAUUCGCACGCCACAGUUUGGUCCCAAUUUCUCCGAAAGUUGGCUCCUUUGGAAGCAGGAAAAGAGAAAAAUACCGUUGCAGUGGUCACGAAGGUGGGAUAUAUGCUACAUGGACGCACACUCAGACCGGCUUUUGUUGGGGUCUUUGGUUCUUGAAACAAACAGUUAACUACAGUACCUCAAUGAAUAUAACAAUACUGUUUGCUGCAUACUUGCGUUAUUUCUCUAGAAUAUGA